GCAUUCUUUUCGCUUGCACCUUCUGUGCUAGUCACUAAAUAAGUGACUCUAUUCUGGACCAGAUCUGAACUGGUUGAUUUGCGUGCUGCACUUUCCUGUUGAAAAGAAAGGCAUUACUAAUAAAGUUCCUUUCAGCUGGAAAGUGCAGCUCCCGAAAACCCGUCUUGCGUGGAGUCCAAGGUAGUGCAGUCCAGUGCAAGUGAAAAGAAUGCGCUUAAUGAAUAGAAAUGGAUCUGUGUUCUGUCUGUUCUUACGUUCUAAUUCCGCUGUGCAAGCAGUGCAAGUGCGUACUGGUUGGAACUUUUAGGCACUUGUUGGGGAGAAACGCGCCGCUUACUCUGAGCAGGCAGACCUCAGUUGUGAUGGGACUACCUCAUGCCUCAGCUCCUCCUCAAAAGGGUUGCAAGGGAAUCACAUGGGGACGAUCGCCUGUAAACAAAACAUCCCGCUCACGGCACGGCUCAUGCUUGUGCGGCACACAGCCGACCGAUACGUCACAUUGCCGUCAUCGCCGUCAUCGAGUCACGUUUGUUCGUUGGGCUUCGUGUGCAGAGCAGAGGCGGCAGAGAAAGUCUUUCAUCCCACAGCAUGGUUAGAUCGGACGCCAACAGCAACAUCGAAUUGGUGGCGAAUUUGAAAAAGAACGGAGUCCUGAAGAGCCAGAGGGUGGAGCAAGUGUUGUUGACGGUCGAUCGAGGACAUUACACGCAGAACAAUCCAUAUGAAGAUAAACCACAAGGCAUAGGCCAUGGUGUAACCAUCAGUGCCCCGCACAUGCAUACUCUGGUUCUGGAAUACCUGAAAGAUAACCUGUACGAAGGUGCCAAAGUACUGGACAUUGGAUCGGGAAGUGGUUACUCCACAGUAUCCAUGGCACUUCUGGUUGGACAAACGGGUCUCACCAUUGGGGUUGAACUCAUUCCAGAAUUGGUCGCUCAGUCAAUACAGAACAUAAAGCGUGAUCAACCGGGCCUUUAUGAGUCUGAGCGGAUCAAGUUUAUCGUUGGUGAUGGGAAGAAAGGAUAUGCAAAUGCAGCACCUUAUGAUGCGAUAUUUGUUGGAGCUGCAUCACCAGAAGUGCCUAAGCAGUUACUCGGCCAGUUGAAACCUGGUGGCUGCAUGAUCUGUCCGGUGGGUGCCUGUGGAGCAAGUCAGGCUCUGCUUCAGGUCAAGAAGCUAGAAGAUGGUACAAUCAGUCAAACUUCGCUAAUGGGAGUAAUGUACGGCUACCUUAAAGAUGCUAGCUAGUUCCCAUUUGCCUUGCAGGUGAAUUUGACUUUAGUAGCAUUAUCAUGCAAUGUGUGCCAAUAUUCCUGUAUGAAAGUUUUAAAAUAUGAUUCAUGAG